AUGGAGACGGAAUUGAGACGUCUAAAAUGUCCAAUGUGUUUUUUCUCCACUGUGAUUCCAAGAAGUUUAACAUAUCAUUAUGUGAGGAAUCAUAGAUUUGAUCCACAUUUCAUUGUAAGAUGUGUAGUAGCAGGUUGUACAGCCACUUUCAUCAAGUGGUGUUCUUUCAAAAAGCACGUUUUAAGAAAGCAUCGUAAUAGCUAUGAUAAAUUGCUAACAGACGUUUCUCAUGAAUCAAAUGUUAAUCAAAUGGAAAAUAAUUUAUUACAAUCAAACAUAGAAAUAGCAGAUGGUGAAAUCAAUCAAAUGGAAAAUGAUAAUAUAUUACAACCAAACAGAGAGACAGCAGGUGGCGAAAUCAUUGAGAUACAUGAUCUUAAUUGGCAUAUAAUGAAAUUUCUUCUCUUUAUUAGAGAUAAUUGUAAAAUCUCUCAGAUAGCUAUUGAAAAUGUAGCAUCUGGAUUGCAACAUUUUAUUAAUGAACUUUCUUCAAUAUUGCUGCAUAAACUUCGUCAAAAUAUUGAUCCUGAAUUGGGAUUUAUUACAACUGAAAAAUGUUUCGAAAUUAUUGAGCAAACUCUUCUCAAUAAUUCAAAUUCGUGGACUAGUUAUAAUAAUCACAAUAUGAAUAAAUUUCUUAUGAAUAACUUAAAUAUGAUUCCACCAAAAGCUAUAGAACUAAGCCGCACAAUGCUGUGGAAGCACAAACCUAAACUUGAUUUAGUAGAGAAAAAAUCUUAUGGCUAUUAUUUGUCACUGCUUUCUAACUUACAAAGAUUACUCAAUAAUGAACAAGUACGUUAUUGUAUUGAUAAUCCAAGAAAUAAUGAGGAUGUUAUGAAAUCUGUCUUGGAUGGUCAGUACUACAAAUUGCAUGAGAUUUUUAGUAAGACCUCUAAUUCUCUUGCAAUUAUCUUAUAUUAUGAUGAAUUAGAAAUAGCUAAUCCACUCGGAUCACGUUCUCAUAAGAUUGGCAUGUUUUAUUGGUCCCUUGCCAACAUCUAUCCAGAGUGGAGAUCCUCUUUUCGUGCUAUUAAUCUCCUUGCUAUUGCAUAUUACUCUGACAUUGUUAAAGGAGGUCUUGAUAAAAUUCUUAAUGAAUUAGUUAGUGAAAUAAAAAUUUUGCAGACUGAAGGUAUUAGUGUGCUUAUUAAUGGAACGGAAAAGUCAUAUAAAGGAUCUCUCUUAAUGGUUACAGGUGAUACACCUGCUUCAGCAUUUUUAGGUGGUUUUAAAAUGUCUGUUAGUGCAGAUAAGCCAUGCCGUACAUGUAUGACUGAUCAAGAGAGAUGGAGAAUAUUUUUUACAGAAAGAGCCUUUACUUUAAGAAAUAUGGAGAGCCAUUUAAAUCACUUAGAAAUAAUUGAAGGGCCUGAAAUGCUUCAAACUACUCGUGAAUAUUGGAAAACAAAUUUUGGAGUUAACACGAGAAGACAUAAUGCAUGUCAUGUCUGA